CAGAAUUCUGGGCCCCAGUCACUGAGCCGCCGCCGAGGUUUCAGCUGCCUCCCCCUUGAGCCCCCUGCUUCCCGGCGAUCCGUCCCCCCCGCCCGCCUUCUCCCGCAGCCGCCUUCCGCAGGCCAUUUCCACCGAGGAAAAGGAAUCGUAUCGUAUGUCCGCUAUCCAGAACCUCCACUCUUUCGACCCCUUUGCUGAUGCAAGUAAGGGUGAUGACCUGCUUCCUGCCGGCACUGAGGAUUAUAUCCAUAUAAGAAUCCAACAGAGGAACGGCAGGAAGACCCUCACCACUGUGCAAGGGAUCGCUGAUGAUUACGAUAAGAAGAAACUGGUGAAGGCGUUUAAGAAGAAAUUUGCCUGCAAUGGUACUGUAAUCGAGCAUCCAGAGUAUGGAGAAGUAAUCCAGCUCCAGGGCGACCAGCGCAAGAACAUAUGUCAGUUCCUGGUAGAGAUUGGACUGGCCAAGGACGAUCAGCUGAAGGUUCAUGGGUUUUAAGUGCUUGUGGCUCAUUGAAGCUUAAGUGAGGAUUUCUUGGAAUGAGUAGACUGUCCUUUCUGUCCCUUGUCACAAGUUUAAAAACCUCACGGCUUGUAUAAUGUAACCAUUUGGGGUCCGCUUCCACUUGGACUAGUGUAACUCCUUCAUGCAAUAAACUGAAAAGAGCCAU